UAUUAAAAUAAUAUUUUUAUUUACAGUUCUGGCCAUGGUUGCCAUGGCAAUGGCAGAUGAGUCGAGCGUCCAGAAACUCCUCAUUGAUGCAACUAAUCAUUUCACCGCUAAAAUGUUUACUGAAGUCGCAAAAGAGAAUUCCGGCAAGAGCGUUGUAAUGUCCGGUUUCUCAGCGAUGUCACCUCUAGCACAACUGGGCUUAGCCUCAGUUGGAAUAACACAUGACGAAAUCCUAGAUGUCAUCGGCCUACCUAAUGAUAACGCUACCAAAGAAGUGUUUUCUUAUGUGAGCCAGGACGUACGGUCGGUAAAAGGAGUCGACUUGAAGAUAGCCGACAGAAUAUUCCUUCCAGAAGAUGUAGCAUUAAAUGAGGAAUUCGGAGUAGUUUCUAGGGACGUAUUUCAUUCAGACAUAAAGCAAGUUGAUUUCGUUAAGAACUUUGAAGCUGCUGCCACUAUCAACUCUUGGGUUGAGGAUAACACUAAUAAACGGAUCAAGGAUUUGGUCGACCCUCUCACUUUAGGAGCUGACACAAAAGCUGUUCUCGUAAAUGCCAUCUAUUUCAAGGGCACUUGGAAGAAGAAAUUUGACUCUAGACUAACGAUAGACCGUGAUUUUCAUGUGACAAAAGACAAAACUAUUAAAGUUCCCACAAUGGCUAAAAGUGACGAGUUCAAAUACGGCUAUAGUCAGGAAUUAGAUGCUAAGCUCUUGGAAAUUUUCUAUGAAGGAGAAGAAGCAUCACUCUUAAUUGUUCUCCCGAAUCAAAUUGAUGGACUUAAUGCUCUUCAAGAGAAAUUGAAAGACCCCAGCGCUCUGGAGAAGGCCACAGAAAAGAUGUACACCACUAAAGUCUCUGUAUGGGGAUUAAAACCUUAUUUGACUCCAAUAAGGCUAGACUGGAAAAGCUUCUUCAAAACUUUGGCAGCGGUUUAUACGUUAGUGAUGCUAUCCAGAAGGCGUUCAUCGAAGUAAAUGAGGAAGGAGCCGAGGCAGCUGUGGCAAGUGGUGAGUGUGAUAUUCUUAAUUUAUCAUCAUCAUACGUCCCCACUGUAGGGACUCAGGCCUUCCUUAUGGACGGUUGAGAAGCAUGGCCCAUGACUCUCCACGUUAGCCCAAUGCAAGUUGGAGGGUAUUAUGCGACUGAAAAUUCAGCCGAAGCCAACGGCUAUCAUUUCUGGGUUACCCAUCCGGUGACCGACCCUUGAGAAAUUUGAUUAACAACAAAGAUUGCGGGCGCUUAUCCAGUACGUUCCUGAGCUACUUUAUUUAUACAAAGAGAUAAUUAUCAUAUUUGAUGAAAAAUGUUUAAAAAAUCUACUCAAUCCUUAGUACUCUGAGAUGGGAUUCAAACCCAUGACUUUUCGAAAUCCGGGCGACUACUCUAAACGCUGAGCUUCCCAGAAUCUAAAAGGACCAACGAAUUAUUCAAGCACUUGAUACUUUUUCACGAUUCAUCAUCAUCAGCAUUUUUACGUCCCCACUGCAGGGGCUCAGGUCUUCCUUAUGUGGUUAAGAAGGAUGGGCCAUGAACCUCCACGCUGGCCCAAUGCGGAUUGGAGGGUAUUAACGACUGCAAUUGCAGCCGAUUUUUCGCGAUUACAAAGUGUAUUUUCAUCAAUGUUCAUGUAAUCCACCCAAACAACCGAAAGAAAUAUUUUUAACAAAUAUUUUAAACUUUCGUAAAAAUUUGUUCUAAUUAUUAUAUUUGACUAAUUUUGUAUUAACAGUACUAUACUGGUAAUUAAAAAUAUCAAUGAAAAAUGCUUAACAAAUCCUGGGUUCGAAUCCCAUCUCAGAGUACCAGGAAAAAAGUGGAUUUUAUUUUGUGUUAUGGAUUUUCUAGCUAUUCAUUGUAAUUUCAUUUUGGAAUGAACUUUAUUCCAUAGGACACGUUGUAUGUCGCGAUGUAUUCUUCAUAACGUUAUGAUACCAUACGAAAGUAGCAGUGCUAUUAUGUUAUAAAAAAAAUAUUACCUAGAACUCGACCAUGAGCGAAACGCUGUCACUGCGUAGAAGUUAAAUGAAAGGUUAUAAUAUUAUUAUUUAACUCCUGUUUGUUAAUAGAAAUAGUAAGAGAAGUAG